UGGCGGACGUAUACGUGGAUGUUUUUUAAUUAUUUUCAAUUUUUUUUCUUUUAUUUCUCAAUUUGCCCAAAGUAUUAUGCUUGRAAUCAAAUGAAGAGACCUUUAGUUGCUAACUAAUGAUUGUAAAAUAUCAAUAUCGGCUGUGGUGGUUUUGUGUUGAAGACGUUUUCUAAAGCUGCAAGUCACUCACUCAUGUCUUCAAAGAAAGGCAUACUGUUUGACAGAUAAAAAAUGGAGAAGAAAUCGAGAUCUGAGUUGAUUAAGAUCAUUGAGACACAAAGUGAACAACUAACUCGUUAUGAAACACGUCUAAGAGAUGUUGUCAGUGCAUAUAAAAAUCUUCUCAAGGAAAAAGAGGCUCUUAAUGCGAGUAUCAAAGUUCUAACCUCUCCUCAGCAAGAACAUUUACCUAAAAUACCAUCAAAAAACAACAAAAAGAAACAAAAUUCUGAGCAAGAAARCGCCACAGCCAGAAAAGUAGACAUCCCUUCACCUUUAACUGAGACAAAACAAGAGAAAAACAAUGGAAAUAAAGGGCUUGUUUCAGCAGAAACAUGUGACCAUCCACUUAAAGARUCAAUGGAACCACCACAGGGAACCCAAGAYGAGAAGGAAAAAGAGAAAAAUGGAGAAAUAAAAGAUGAGAAGUUGAAUGAAUUUAAUGAGAAGCAAGAUGACAAGGUUGAUGUUGAUGAAAGUGAAGAAGAUAAAAGUGACAAUAAUGAUGAAAUUCUGUUCUUAAAAGARAAAGUUUCAACAUUGUCAUCAGCUCUMCAGACYSUGAUGGAACAGAAAGRAAUUAUGGAGUCAAACUACCAGGCAGACAAGAAGAAAAUGAUGCAAGAGUUUGAGGCAAAGCAGAAGGAUAUGCAACAAGGAAAGGAAAUGUUGGAGAAGAAGCUGAACGAACUUGAGAAUCAACUGAAAGAGUCCAAACAAAGAAUGCGACAAGAGCAGAAAUCCAGAGAAGAAGAAGAAAACAACAACAUGUUGAUGCUCCGUGAACUCCAAGUUCUMCUUUCCAAGGAACGCACAGCAAGAGAAGAACUUGACCAACAGCUUGAUGAAGCAAAGGAGAAACUMCUCUCUACUAAAGCAAUCCCUGAAAGCAAAGCUUUAGAAUAUGAACAAUGCAUAAAAACUCUAACAGAUGAGCUUGAAGCUAUUCARAGCAGACUAAAAAACACUGAGGAAACUGCCUCAAAGCCUUCACCUUUGUUGCUCAGGCUUCAGGAAGAGAUGGAGGYGAUGAAGAAAGAKAAUGUAGAGGCUUUAAUGAGRGAACAAAGGCGUGCUAAUGAAGCUGAGGAAAGGUUGAAAAUUUUGACCAGCRUUGAAGAGGAUAGAGUAUCGGAUUUAGAAAAUAAACUCUCUGAGCUGUCAGAAGUUGUAGGACAUUAUGAAAAGCUCAAAUUCCAGGAUCAACUUGUUAUACAGAAGCUAAAGGACCGUCUACAACAACUKGAYGUUGAAAACACAGCCUUGUCACAGAGUAGUCCAACAUCAGAAGUACARGAUAAUAGAUGUAUGGACAUUGAGGUUGAUUCUUUGAGAGAACACGUUGAUAAGUUAAAAGCUGCUCUUAAAUAUGCAUUAGAGAACUCAGGAAUGACAGUGGAAGGAGAUCUAGAAGGACUUAGUAAAUCAGAGCUCGACUCCAUUCUCAACUCAGACCCAACUCAUAAAGCCUGCCAACAAGAACUUAAGCAACUAAAAGAUGAGUUUGAACUCUACAAGACAAGAACCAGUGUCUUACACAAGAACAAAUCYUUCAAAGACCUCACAGCACAGCUGGAAAAUUUAGAAAAAUUGAAAACAAGAAAUAGCAAAGUUGAGAGAAGACUUCUUGAGAUUCAAGAACGAAGCAGAGAGAAAGAAAGUGAAUUGAGCCAAAGGAUUUCAGAGCUUGARASUGAGCUGAAAACAUCGGUUGAAAAUCUUACUGAGGAGAAACAAAACCAGGAGCUUAUUUACAAGCACAAACUAGUUGAACUUGAAAAACAAGUUUUGAAACAAAGGGAGAGAACUAUUGAACUUUUAGCUGAAAAAGAUGCUGAGAUAAAUUCACUUAGGACGAGAAGUCCUGGUGCUAGCCCAUCAGGGGUAGGGACAACAGCAUUUUCGUAUCCACGGCGGUAUUUGGAUCCUCAGCUCAUGCAGUUGAGUCAGGAAUCUGAACGAGACGCUGAUGAUGGAUCCCUUGAGGGAACUAAUGCAGCUGUGUGUCAGCUUAUYACAAGACAAACUGGUGCGUCAUCAAGUGAAGGUGUCCUGAUUCAUUUUGCCCAACAACAAGCCAGAAGAGAAGCUGAGACAGCAAAUUUGAGAAGACAAAAGAUUGAAAUGGAGGAUGAAAUGAGAGAUAUGUCAAUACAGUUAUCUAAACAUGACGAACAGUGUGAGACGCUGAAAGAAGAAAUUCGCAAACUUGAGAGAGAUCGUUCUAGGGAGAGCGCCAACUUGGAGUAUCUCAAGAACAUUGUUCUUCGUUUCAUGCUAUCCACGAGUUACUCCGUCAAAGAACAGAUGGUCCUCGCCAUUGCAACUAUUCUUGAGUUCAGUCCUAAAGAGCUACAGCAAGUACGGAAGGCAAAUAUCGGAGGGUGGUGGAGUUAAAGCAUUUCAUGAGUACUUUUUCAAGCUUUCAGAGUUUGUUUUUAUCGAACGUUCAGUGCUUGGGAGCUCCAAAUUUAUUAUUUUUAAUAAUAAUUGUAAAUAAGUAGAAGAAAUAAAAUGUAAAUAGAUUUCUGAAUCAGUCGACGUGAAUUAAACUUUGGGUAACAAUUGAA